CUCCGAACCCGGCGGUCCUCAAACCACGACUCCAAUUCUCACCGACAAGAAACGCCCGCUCACCCUGAACCAUGCUCCUUUGAUCCCGGCGGAGUUUUCCUCCCGUGUACACCAUCUCGCUUGUUUCCUCUCGCAUCCUAUACCCGGCCAUCAUGCUGCCCAGGGCAGCUCGAUCGCCUUGCGUGCGCAUCCCCGCACGCUUCAUCCGGCGCGGUCCCGUCGUACCGCGCUCCUCGCCAUGGCUACCUGCAGCCUACAGCGCCCAACUGAGGGCGUUCUCGACCACCAACAAAGGCCCGCUGCUGAAGCAGGCCGUCGACGACCCUCCCGUUGAACGGAAAUCGCCGAGUCCUGCUUCGACGCCGUCGACCACACCCGCGACGGACGCGGCUGCCGCGCAAAACCCGAAGGAUGCCGCGAAGGCUUCCAGCUCGGACAAGAAGAAGAAGGACCUGCUCAGUGAGAGCACGGUCGCGACCAAGGAGCAGAGGAAGGCCGACUGGGCGAUAAUGAAGGAGAUGGCAAAGUACCUUUGGCCAAAGGAUGACUGGGGUACGAAGCUUCGUGUCGGAAGUGCAUUGUCAUUAUUGGUUGGAGCCAAGAUUCUGAAUGUCGAAGUGCCCUUCUACUUCAAGAGUAUCGUCGAUUCGAUGAACGUGGAUUUUGCAGCCCUUGGGGGAACGGCUUAUACGGUGGCAGGAUCCAUGAUUAUAGCCUACGGAGCAACUAGGAUCGGCGCUACCCUGUUUCAAGAACUUCGAAAUGCUGUCUUCGCAAGCGUCGCCCAGAAAGCAAUUCGUCGGGUCGCACGGAAUGUUUUUGAGCAUCUCCUUCGAUUGGACUUGAACUUCCACCUCACCCGUCAGACCGGCGGUUUGACGAGAGCCAUUGACCGGGGAACCAAGGGAAUCAGCUUCCUCUUGACAUCUAUGGUGUUUCACGUAGUACCAACGGCGUUGGAGAUCUCCCUUGUGUGCGGCAUAUUGACCUACCAAUAUGGAAUCCAAUUUGCGGCUAUCACAACGGCCACCAUGGUCGCAUACUCGGCUUUUACGAUCAUGACUACUGCCUGGAGAACGAAGUUCCGAAAACAGGCCAAUGCCGCGGACAACCGCGGAGCCACCGUGGCUGUGGACUCCCUGAUCAAUUACGAGGCCGUCAAGUAUUUCAACAAUGAAAAGUUUGAGGUCGCACGCUACGACAAGGCGCUCAAAGCCUACGAGGAUGCUUCCAUCAAGGUUACUACGUCCCUGGCCUUCCUCAACUCCGGCCAGAACAUGAUCUUCUCCAGUGCACUCGCAGCAAUGAUGUACCUUGCAUGCAAUGGGGUUGCUAGCGGCGCCCUCACCGUCGGCGACCUGGUCAUGGUUAACCAGCUUGUGUUCCAACUGUCCGUUCCUCUGAACUUCCUUGGCUCCGUCUAUCGCGAACUGCGCCAGUCUUUGUUGGACAUGGAGACGCUGUUCAAUCUGCAGAAGGUCAACGUGAACAUCAUCGAGAAGCCGAAUGCGAAAGCGCUCGAGCUCCGACAAGGUGGUAACAUCACGUUCGAAAACGUGACUUUUGGUUACCAUCCCGAACGACCUAUUCUGAAGAACGCGAGCUUUACGAUUCCUGCCGGCCAGAAGUUUGCCAUCGUAGGCCCCAGCGGCUGCGGCAAGUCGACGAUCUUGAGACUUCUGUUCCGAUACUACGAUGUCCAGCAAGGCCGAAUCCUGGUUGACGGGCAAGAUAUUCGCGACGUGACGUUAGAUAGUCUCCGAAAGACGAUUGGCGUUGUGCCCCAAGACACGCCCCUAUUUAAUGACACCAUCGCGCAUAACAUCCGCUAUGGCAGGAUCGACGCUACUGACGAGGAAGUGCACAAAGCCGCCCAGCGAGCACGGAUUCACGAAUUGAUCGAGCGCCUUCCCGAUGGAUACAAGACGGCCGUGGGAGAGCGCGGCAUGAUGAUUUCUGGCGGCGAGAAGCAACGGCUGGCCAUUUCUCGACUGCUCCUGAAAGACCCCAAGCUCCUCUUCUUCGACGAAGCAACAUCGGCUCUGGAUACCUACACGGAACAAGCGCUUCUUCAGAACAUCAACAGCAUCCUGAAAGAAAAGGGACGUACUAGCGUCUUCGUUGCACACCGGCUGCGAACCAUCUGCGACUGCGACCAAAUCCUGGUUCUGAAGGAGGGCAGCGUUGCGGAGACGGGAUCGCACCGUGAACUUCUCGAGCAGAGCGGCAUCUACGCCGAGCUAUGGAAUGCCCAAGAAAUGUCCCUCUCCGAGGACCAGGAAGGUGAACAAAUUGAAGAAGAAACGACCGAAGUACGACAGAAGUAGACUUUUGUUGACUUCACAUCCACACAAAUACCCACACAUUCUUUGGAAAAUUGCAAGCGUGCCUCCCUUUUCCCUUGGAGUAGAGGGGAUCGACUUGGGGGGCGGCUGGAUGGCGCAAUUCUUAAGUAAAUAGAACUAACGAUCUCCUUUUGUCGGACGGAGUCCAUGUCUUGGUUUUUGCAAUGGGUCGAUAGAC